ACGUGUUACCGUUUUUCCUGCUCUAAGUCGUCACAUGACAACAUUACGGUCUGGUUCCGGAUGUCCAGAAACACCUCUAACGUACUCAAUGGCAGUGUUAUUAUCGAGCUGACAUGACAGGCUGAGCAUUUCUUCCUCCAACCAUGUCGGCCCAAGGCCCUCGCGUGUCAGUGUUCACCUUUCAGUCCGCGGUGCACAGCGACCACGUUCUCCAGUGUCUGGAUGACCAGAGGCAGCAGGACGUCCUGUGCGAUGUGACGGUGGUGGUGGAAAACAGGAGCUUCCGGGCCCACUGCUGUGUGUUGGCUUCCUGCAGUGAAUACUUUCACAGCAGGAUCGCCAACGUCACCAGACCGAACCCCAUCAUCACCUUGCCCGAUGAGGUGACCAUUGGGGGGUUUGAACCUUUGCUUCAAUUUGCCUACACAUCAAAGCUACCAUUCACCAAAGAAAACAUUCACGCCAUCCACAGCAGUGCUGAGUUUUUAGGAUUUCAUGAUUUGGAGUCGGCAUGCUUUGAUUUCCUCAUCCCAAAGUAUUCCGAAGGCAAAAGCGCGACACGAGAGGUCAGGCGCAGAGUCUGUUGCCUGAGCCGGGAUCCCAGUGCCAGUUUUAGCCCCGGCGCAGAAAGCAGCCAACCAAAAUCAUUGGAGUCACACAGCUCAGCGCCUUCAAGAGAGAAUGAACAAACAGCUCUCCCAUCGCAGUGUCCUCUUAGUCAGACGAACAGCGGGGAAAAACACUUUUGUUUGGAGGAUUGUGGGCCCCAAAUGACCCCCUUAUCCUCGGAGUUAACAAACAAUGUUGCGUGCCCCAUGCUGUCUUUGCCAUGCGCAGACACCGGCAAAGCAGAUCAAGCCUCGCGGUUCUGUGGGACGGAUAUUUUAGAGAUAGACGUGUGUAACGGAAGUGGGUUGAGUUUGGCAGAUUGUGGCUUACCCUGUGAGCUGUCAACUGGGGACAUGAAUCUGCCAGAACUUAUCGAGCCAGCGGGCAGAGAUGUUAAGCAGACUGUGGAGACGCUCAUGGCUGAAAGCAACUGCGACCCCGGUUCCUGUCCACUCAGCGCGUCGGGGGCGGGCGAUGGCCGCGCGCCGUUAGAGCAGAGCGCGUCCGGCCUUGAAUCGAAAACGGAAGGUGAGCCGGCAGACCCUGCGCUAAGUCACGAAGAGGAAGACGGGGAGCGAAGCAGCGUGGAGAGGGAGGUAGCUGAACAUCUGGCAAAGGGAUUUUGGUCUGACCUAUGUCCACCUCAGCCUCAAGCGCUCCCUUUAGAGCCGACGGACCAAAACAAUCUGGCGAAAGCAUCCGAUUUUCAUUGGCUUAAGCAGUUGGACCUGAGUUCCAACGUAGGAGACUGUCCCUUCCUCAGGGACUUUGGGACAGGGGAUGACCCAGCGCCACACGCCGACAGCCUGUCCCAGUCAGAGAAGAGCCCUUACAUGUCCUCCUCGCUCAACUCUGGGGACGACUCAGACCUGGACACAGAUGGGGACACUGAAGCCAACUACAAGAGAGCAGCAGAGAUUCAGCUCCCGUUCCCUGUGGAGCAGAUCUCAGCCGUGAGCCGCAGUGCCUUCCAGCAGCUUCUGAGACACCAUCAUUUGACUCCGGAUCAGCUUGAAUUCGUCCAUCAUGUUCGUCGACGAAGCAAAAACCGCGCGGCUGCACAGCGCUGCCGAAAGAGGAAACUAGACAGCAUAUACCAGCUAGAAUGUGAAAUCAAAAGAUUAAGAAAUCAGAAAGAGCGGCUGCUGCACGAGCGAACCGACCUGGAACACAACCUGGUGGAGACGCGGCAGAGUCUGUGCGGGUUGUGUAAGAGCGUUAGCCUCCAAACUACUGGCUCUGAUCAGGACCACCUGCAGCUUCUGGCCAAAGUCUCAGCAGACUCCCCCAUCCACUCCCCUCCUGUUUUGGGUGCAGGUGAGGAGUCCCAGGUGCUUUUCCAAAUGGUAAGUUCUUCAGCGUGUGACCGGAGCAAGCCACCUGCAGACUCGGCUCAAACCGCUGCAGCAGCCACUGGCCCGCAGACGGAGGAGGCAGUUCCUCCACAGAGCUGCCUCUCUGUGUCUCUGCUCGAUGUCUGUCUAGACAUGGACAACAGCUUAUGAUUGGACUCAAUUUGUAUAGUCAUUUCUAGUCUCACAGGACCGCAGAGCAAGGGGUGGACUCUUAGUAUGUAAUACAAUCCCCCUUUGGGUUUGAUACGCCUGUCUGUAUUUCACCGAAUAUUUUUACGGUAUGAUAUUGGUGUCUUAAAGAGGGGUAUUCCUCAUAUGCAUUUCACUGUAGUAAACAAUCUUAUACUCAUCAUUUUCACAGAUAUUUUACAGUAAUUCCCUAAAUGUUUCAUUUUUUUUUACUACGAGGGAGUUCUUAAAAUUUAACUUGACUGUAAAAAUGGCUGAAAUAAUUACCGUUUUAUACCACCACAUACACACUUUGUGUAAACGUUCAAGAAAAUAAGAUGUUUCUUUUAUUUUGAAUUGAUUCAUAAUCAUUGUAUUCUAUCACCUGAUGUAUUAUCUGCCACUGUGCUUUUCUUUGAUUAACUAUGCGCAGCACUAACAUAGUUAUUUUUUUUCUUUUAUAGUACAGGACUGGUUCCAGCUAAAAUAUAUUCUCGGCAUCAUUAUUUCAUGCCAGUAUAUAGUUUGAAUGAAUAACUGUCAGUUUUUCCAGGUGUUUAAAGAAUAGUGUUGCAAGUGUUGCAUGGGUCGAAAUUACCAUAUGUGAUGCAAAACAUGCCUUAUGCAGUAGGACAGUAUGAAUACAGAAUGACAAAAGGCCAUUUUUUUAUGUUUUUGUCUUAAGCACUGUUGCACAUGAAUUAACCCGGAGCCCACAUUGAUGGGCUUCUCUUACAUUUAAGUUUGUCUUCGUGUUGAGUAUUUUCUAUCAAAUUCUUUCAUGGAUUACAGAUUUUAAUAAACAACAUUUUGUAACA